AAAAUAUUUUCCCACGCUAUAAAUCUCGCACGAUUGCGUGAGAAUGUGUAUGUAGUCAAGGAAGUUAAAACAAUCGUACAUUGGUGAUAAUAACCGGGAUUUGGAACUAUCUUAUUUAAACAUCAGUAUCGUAUGGCUAGAAAAGAGUUAUUGACAGGAUUAAUCUGCUCUACGCUUUUCUUGGUGUCUAUUCUUCUCUCCCUGGCUGUGUACUGGCGUGAACUUAGAACAGCCCCAGUUGAACCGAAGUUUUGUUAUUUUGAUGAGGGUCUCAGCUCUGACAAUAGAAAUAUUGAUUCAAACAAACAGUAUUGUUGCAAAGCUAGCGAUGUAUUACUAAGAAUGGUUGAAAAGAAGACAGCUGAAAAAUACAAUAACAACGCAAACCCAGAAUAUCCUUCAUUCAAUCCUGCAACCUUUAACAGCAAGAUUUCAAAAGGAGAAAAAACCACAAUGCAGCUUAAACAUAUUGGUUCUCAUGCGAAGCCAGUGCCAGGUCAGCCAACAAAAAUAUUUUGGAAUGAAGUUAUGAAUUCACCGGGCGAACUAAGACAUCUUAAAAAAGAAGGGGCUAUUUACAUACAAAAAUCUGGUCGAUACUACAUAUCCACACAACUGACUACAAGAAGGGAAAACACAACUACCCAUAAUGAUGACCAGACAGUGAAACAUCUUGUAUAUCUAAUCUCAGCUGAUAAAGGUACGGAACACAUUCUACUAGAAAAUGCAAUAUCAGCAUGCGAAUUGACUGUCCAGCAAUCAGAGCAGUCAAGCAACAUAGGUGCAGUCUUUGAACUUAAAGAGAAGAAUCGAAUCUACGUUGCAACGUCACAUCCGUAUCACAUCGUCUCUGGCCCAGGAAGAGAUCAUUUUAGCAUUCAUAAGCUGUAAAAUAUAUGCUGUGUCUAAGCUGCACGGACAUUCAUGGGCAAUAUUACGCAUGCUGGAAUAACAUUUUGAGUUUCGUUUUACAAAUUGUUAUUUUUUCUCUCAAGCAUAUCCGUGAUUAAUUCAUACACUUAUACAACCGUUAAUAUUUCUGUUGAGUGUUUACAUGCCAUAAACUGCAGUCUAUUUUAUAUUUUUAUAAUGUACAAUCUAUAAGUCA